AUGGGAAAUGCUUCAAGUAAAAAGAGCAAACGAAAACUUUCAAAUAAGAAGAAAGAAACAGGACAAAAUCCUAACGCAGAAAUUGGUAUUCAAUGCGCCCUAAUAAUUCCAGCAAAUAGGCAAGAUUUUCUUCAUCUGAAAGGGGGACAGUCAUCAAAAAAGACUCAAGUAGACAUAAAGCCAUGGCUUGAAUCUCGAUCUACUUCAAUAACUCCUUUAAAAAGUCAUCACAAUUAUCCAAUUUCUCCAAAUGAAGGAGUUUACCAAGCAAGCAUUUCAAAUAUAAACCACAAAGAUUCCUCGCAAGCAUACGCAAGGAAAAAAACUGAUGCUAUUCCCGAAUUAUGUCCACUGACGACGGAGUAUCUAAAGAACUUUGAUCUGACUAGGGUGAGACAGGCGCCAUCAAAGUGGAUCCAUCCUGCUCCACAUAUGGACGUUUUCUCUGCCACGCAAAACCACAAUUUCAUUUGGCAAGCACCAUCGGGACCUGUGGGCAACGUCGAAAAGUCCUCAAAGAUAAUUUUUCUUAGAAAAGCGAAAUCUUGGCACGAUUACCUGAAUCAAAACAAAAAUUGUGAUGGAAAACGUUAG